CCCGUAUGGUUUAGCCCUUGCUUGUCGGAUAGCUACAUAGGGCAGCUUUAAACAAAUGCGGGGAAUGGCAGGCGUUCUUCACCGCGAUAAAGCCACGGCAGGCACGGGUUGGAUUAUAGGCGUGUACAACCUAGUACCUUAGGUAAUGUUGAACCAUUGCAGCGUUGAUGUUUUGAUCUUGGAAAUAGCUACCGCCUUGGGGUUUUUUACUUUCUCUCCUGCUUGAUUAGGCCAUCUGGGCGCUUGUCAAUAAGACUGCACUGCAAAAUGAAAGGAUCAUCAUCUAUCACGUGGGCUUUUUCCUCUUCCCCAAUACCUAGUACAUACCUAAAAGUAAUACCUUAAACACACUCACAUCAAUAUUCAGAAUCGCAAGUGACAUUUCUUAUAUGAUUCUCACUUCAGUAUAAAUAAAACAGCAUAUAUGAUUCGGUCAAUCCGGUCAGCUCAAAUUCGGAAAUGCUUGCUUUUGUCUAUUUAUAUGCAAUGGACAUGGACAACUUCCAUACAAUCCCGAAACCACCCCCACAAGCUUUUCUCAAGCAAACUACGAUGCAGUAUUGUAGGACCCUCAAUAUCAGAAUUCAUGCGUUUCAAAGAACUCCUAAACGCAGCUGGGUUUAGGGCUUAUACGCUUAUGCUCGAAUGCUGCAAGAUAGCGGCACUCAUUCUAGAAUGCUCACCCCCCCUCCCCCCCCAACGAAAUUAUUCGCAGAGAAUUUGUUCCCAUCGACUUCGUACACAGUCAGACAGUACAGCACCCAGUAACUCGGGCGGGUUUGUGAGGCUGUCAGUCCGACUCAGCUCGGCAUCAAAGGCCAAAGGUUACCUGUUGUCCGUACUGUAUACAUGCGGUACUGGUAUACGUAGCAUUCUCUCCAUGUCGAUAGGUCUUAUUCCACGAACUUCUCUAUCCAGAUCUGCCCACUGCUUUGGGUCUGGGCUGGCCGGUGACUACUAUGUUGGAAACGAGUCAUCACACCCAGUCAACUUCGGCGCCAAGAUCCAUUGGAUUUCUACUCCGACGCCCGAUGGUGGCAGGGUGGGUGUCAUCCAGUCGGCCAGUUAGUUCAGUUAAAUCACACAGUGAAGAAUGGCGAAUCUUGAACCACUUCGACUCCUCUACAAGGUACUUUAAAGGCUAAAUGCAUGCAUGCAUUGUACCUUUUCGCAUACCUAGGUACAAUCUAC